UAAAAGCAACUAGAAACAACGCUUCCAGGGUGCUAUGGCAGAUUAACAGUGAACCGUUUUUGCAAUGAGUGUUUAAAUUCAUGCAUUCAAGCUAACAUGGACACCAUCUUAGUCUUCAGUCUCAUCAUUGCAUCCUAUGAUUCCAACAAGAAAGAUCUCAGAGAUAACACAUGCCAAGUGGAACAGCUGCCUGGGCUCUUCCAAAAGGAUGUGAGAGGCAUCAGGGACUUGCUAAUGCAAGAAACUCACACAGAAGCCAAAAGGGGCACAUUCACCCAAAAUCAAACUAUGGCUACCCUGCAGUGCCUUGGCUCUGGGAACAAAGUGCAAGUUAAGCUCCUGUACUCAAACAGAAGGCCCGAGGCCAAACAUAUUCUGAAGAACCUGACCAUCUCUGCUGCACCACGCGGAUACAACUUUGCCUCUCCAAGCUGUCACCUAAUCCCCACAUCCAAGUUUCGGACUGGAUCGCUUCUCAGCGGCAAAGCUUUUUUACCAGGGCUGUCUCAAUGUAAGGUCUACCCAGUGAUGGGGAGUUCAUCCGAGACUCUGUCUAUCAGUGCCACCUCCACAACUUCUGGUAAUAAAGACGGCAUGACUACAAGUACUGGAGAUUUUUCUAGCCCUUUGACACAAGACACAGAAGAGAACUUAGAGAAGAGGCGAAAAUGGAGUAUUGUGGUUAAAUUUCUGAUUGCUGCCACCCUGUUGCUCAGUGGAGUCGCCAUUACAAUAUUUGUCAUUUUUGAAGUCCCAUGUCCUAGACAAUGGCAAAGAGCCAGAAGGCUGUGCCAAUGCCAGCGGUUGUGGAGAAGGCAAAAGAAGGGAGACGAGGAACCAGGGACAGCUGCCCCUCUGCCUGAGAAGGGAAGUGUUCUCUCUGGUGUAUGUCACUUGUUUAGAGGAAAUAGGGUUAACACAAAAGUGCUGGUACUUUUGAAAGCUACUUCAUUAAUAAAGCAAACGUGGGUAAUUCUUUUAUAUGUCAGGCAAAGGUAUUUGUACUGCUGUUUGCUAACAUUAACCCAACUAAAACACAACAGGGCACUUAGUGAAAAUACAUAAUCUGGACCCAAAUAUUCUGACUCAGAAUGUCUGGCUAAGUGUGGUGGCACACAUUUGUAAUCCCAGCACU